UCUAACACUAAAUACCCUACAUUAAGCCUGAAAAGAUUACGUCAGCGUAACCUACGGUUGACCUGCCGUUACACCACAUUUUACAGAAGGUAUAAACGUAACUAUGAACCAGCACUGGUCGAGAUCUCGGCUGUCACACAUGCUGUCCUCCCUGUUGAAGUCGAGCCGUCUUUAGGUAACACUGAUACCAUGACCAUUGAAACCGAGGUAGUGCCAUCGCCACCUUGUAGCAGCCUAACCCCAACUGCUAGUACUUCACAAAUGUGCCCACAUGUGUCUUCUGAACGUGAUGAAAUGACAAGUAUGCUACUCAGUAUCAUCGUUACCACGAACAUAUCACAAGCAGACGGUAACAGAAUCUUGGAGUACUUCCGUGCGAAAUUGCCCCAACUACCAACAACUCUUAGAAGUGUACUGAGAAUGUGUGGCUCUUGCGAGUCAAGACUACUUGGAGACGGAAUGUAUCGCCACAUCGGUCUCAAAAAAUUUUUGCAGCUCUACAUGGAAAUGUCUGUGGUUGAAAGUCCUUACAACGAGAUUGAUGGGGAAUUGUCCAUCUCGAAGUCUUCUAACCAGCAGCUAUGGCCCCUGUUAGGUAGAAUUACGGCACCGUUCCUCAGUAGUGUAUUCAUGAUACGUGUAUAUGUCAAUCCGAGCAGCUAUAAAGAGUUAUGUAAUGACUUAUUAUCUGAGCUAAAGGAUAUAUUAAGUCAAGGUAUACACAUUACCAGACUAAACAAGCAUUUCAACGUUCAUUUGACAGCCGUCAUCUGUGAUGCACCGACUAGAGCGGGCGUGAAAUUUAUAGUAGAUCAUGCCAGCGCAGGUUGCGACAAAUGCACAGUUACGGGAAUAAAACUUUACUGA